AUCGCGGUCAUUUAUCCUGAGGAGACGCAGCGCAGCAGACGCGGGUGGAGCUGCUGCACAACUUUACCCAUCAUGGUUCUGCUGCACGUGUUGUUCGAGCACGCCUCGGGCUAUGCGCUGUUCGCCGUCAAAGAGGUGGAGGAGAUCGGCAUGCUGCUGCCUCAGGUUGAGGAGAGCGUGCUGAGCAUCGCAAAGUUCAACACCAUGGUGAACCUGGCAGCCUUCUUUCCCUUCAAGUCGGCUCAAACUGCGCUGGAGAACAUGAAUGCUAUUUCUGAAGGCGUGGUUCAUGCUGACCUCAAGUUGUUCCUGGAGACAAACCUGCCCUUAUCUGGGAAAAAGAAGGCUGUGUUGGGUGUUUCGGAUUCCAAGAUCGGAGCAGCUCUACAAGAAGAAUUUAGUGUUUCUAUCCAGACCAGUGGGGUAGUAGCCGAGAUAGCCAGAGGUGUGCGUCUUCACUUCCACUCCCUGGUGAAGGGUCUGACUGCCACAGCUGCCUCCAAAGCCCAGCUGGGCCUUGGUCACAGCUACUCCAGGGCAAAAGUCAAGUUUAACGUCAACAGGGCUGACAACAUGAUCAUCCAGUCCAUUGCUUUGUUGGAUCAGCUGGACAAAGACAUCAACACCUUUGCCAUGCGUGUCCGUGAAUGGUACGGUUACCACUUCCCAGAGCUGAUCAAAAUUGUGCCUGACAACUCGAUGUACUGCCGUCUGGCUCAGCUCAUUGGAAACAGGAAGGAGCUGUCGGAGGAGAGUCUGGAGAGCCUAGAGGAGGUGGUGAUGGACAGUGCCAAGGCGCAGGCCAUCCUGGAUGCAUCACGCAGCUCCAUGGGUAUGGACAUCUCCCCCAUUGACCUGAUCAACAUAGAGAGGUUCUCUAAUCGCGUUGUGUCUCUGGCUUCCUAUCGGCUGGGGCUGCAGGAGUACCUGCGGUCCAAGAUGACCCAGGUGGCGCCCAACCUGGCAGCCUUAAUUGGAGACGUGGUUGGUGCUCGACUGAUCUCUCAUGCUGGUAGUUUAACCAACCUGGCCAAGUACCCAGCAUCCACGGUCCAGAUCCUGGGAGCAGAAAAGGCCCUGUUCAGAGCCCUGAAGACGAAGGGCAACACCCCCAAGUAUGGCCUCAUCUUCCACUCCACCUUUAUUGGACGUGCAGCAGCAAAGAAUAAGGGCCGCAUCUCCAGAUACCUGGCAAACAAGUGCACAAUUGCCUCACGUAUCGACUGUUUCUCGGAGGUUCCCACGAGCGUAUAUGGUGACAAGUUGCGCGAACAAGUGGAAGAGCGUCUGUCUUUCUAUGAGACUGGGGAUGUACCGCGGAAAAACGUGGAUGUCAUGAAGGAAGCAGUGAAAGAGGCUACCGAUGUUACGGCUGAAAUCAAACGCAAGCUGGACAAAAAGGAGAAGAAACGCAAGAAGCGUGAAAAGAAGCUGCAGGAAGACGCAAAUGGAGACGCCAACGGUGAAGCAGAGGAUGGAGAAUCUGUCACACCCGUGGUGAAGAAGAAAAAGAAACCGGCGGCUGAGGUGGAGACCGAGGAAGCUGCAGAGAACGGAGAAGAGACUCCAGCCAAAAAGAAAAAGAAACGAAAAUCUGAGGUGGAGGCUGAUGUCGAAGAAGUUACAAACAGCGAAACCAACAGUUCCGCUAAGAAGAAAAAACGAAAGACUGAGACAGAUGCAGAGCCGGCAGAAGAAGCUGCAGACUCAGCAGUUUCUGAGAAGAAGAAAAAGAAGAGAAAAUCAUGUUAGACUGAAAAAACUGAAAUGUGUAUAUCUUUAUUUUUUUGCUACUUUUUAGUUUGAUCUUUGGGGUUAGCUUUUUGUUUUGUCUUUUUUGUGUUUGUUUUUAUUAGUUUUGGCAACCUCAACAUUGAUCAUUUGUAAAUACAAGCUUACAACUGUGCCUUGUCAGGUAAUCUUGCUCUUCUGUAAAUAAAUGCGAUCAAUUAAACAUUUGUUGUUCUGUA